UCAGCUUGGCCCCCGUAUAAAGCCCGCGCCAACCCGCGGCGGCCAAGCCACCCGCUCCCGCCGCUGCCGCCCUCCCCGCCGCGUCGCCAUGGCUCUCGCCGUCCGCGCGCCCCGCUUCCAGCCGCGGCCGGCCUCCGUUUCCGCGCCCGCCGCCUCCUCUUCCUCCUCCCUCGCCGCCGCCGCCGCGAACGCGAGGCCCCGCGCCGGCGCCGCCGUCCGCACCGCUGCCGCCGCCGCCUCGCCCUUCACAGAGGCCACCUCCUCCUCGCGCUACCGCCGCGACGCCUGGUCCUACGCCGCCGACGGCUCCUCCAAGCCCGCGCCGCCGUCCUCCUCCGAUGCCGCCGCCGCCCGCCGGGACGACGAGAUCGCGCUGCAGCUGCCGGAGCUGCGCCGGCUCCUGGACGCGCUGAGGGCUUCCCGGGGGAGGGGCGCCGAGGGGGAGGGCGGCGCCGGCGGGCUCGGGAGGGUGGCGCUGGUCGGGACGGGGCCCGGGGACCCCGAGCUGCUCACGCUCAAGGCGGUCCGGGUCAUCGAGGCCGCGGACCUGGUGCUCUACGACCGGUUGGUGUCCAACGACGUGCUGGACUUGGUCGGGGAGGGCGCCAGGCUUCUGUACGUCGGCAAGACGGCGGGAUACCACAGCCGCACCCAGGAGGAGAUUCAUGAGCUGCUCCUCAGCUUUGCGGAGGCUGGUGCCAAUGUGGUACGGUUGAAAGGCGGCGAUCCUCUGGUCUUUGGAAGAGGCGGAGAAGAGAUGGAUUUCCUACAGCAGCAAGGAAUUAGAGUUGAAGUUAUACCAGGAAUUACUUCUGCUUCAGGAAUUGCAGCAGAACUGGGCAUUCCACUAACCCAUCGAGGUGUUGCUACCAGUGUCAGAUUUUUAACUGGGCACUCUAGAAAUGGUGGGACGGAUCCUCUAUAUGUGGCAGGGAAUGCAGCUGAUCCAGACACUACUUUGGUUGUGUACAUGGGUUUGUCAACACUACCGUCUCUUGCUCCAAAGUUAAUGAAGCACGGUCUUCCUCCAGAUACCCCUGCUGUUGCAGUAGAGCGUGGCACUACCCCUCAACAACGAAUGGUGUUCUCAUUGUUAAAGGAUCUCGUGGAUGAAGUCAAGUCAGCUGAUCUAGUUUCUCCGACUCUAAUAAUUAUUGGAAAAGUGGUGGCCUUGUCACCCUUUUGGGUCGAGUCAUCUGAACAUGAUGCACUGAAGAUUGAGAACUCAUAUGCAAGUGAGGCCAGAUGAUAGCAGUUUUCCUGAAUUAAGUGCUUGGGCAGUCCUUUUACUAAUGCAAUAUUCCGGAUAUGAGCAAUUCUGAUUGAGAACCAAGGUAGUCUGAUCUCGAUUAGUUUGGGACAUGUGAGCACAGUUUCAACCUGGUGAGCCUUGACAUUUCAGGAAGCACGAAAUCUGAAUUACGGAUGGCAGCUUUACACGAGAAGCCCAUAGACAGCCUUGGAGUCGCAGCGCACGUGAAUGGAUGAUGCCUGACAGUGUGGACUAAUCUACCUGAGAGCUGCAAUCCGUCUUAUUUGAUUUUGGCAAUAGUUGUGUGCUUCUGCUUUACUUUAGUGGGACGAGGUGUUGGUUUUCCGAAUUGUCGUUCCUGGAGCAUCAGUAGAUUCGGUUUCAAAUCAAUUUGGUUUCCUUUUGUCCAGCGGGCCAUUCAUGGAGCCAAAGUAGAUGUAUGGUUUUCAAUUCAGUAGCACCUGGCAGCUCCUUUCUGAAUAACCUGAGGCCCAUUAGGAGUGCAGGGUUUUACAAAAACUUCAUGAGAAAUAGUUUGAUUGUUGUGGAAAUCAGGAAAGAAAAAUCUGGUUCCCAAAUGUGGAUAAUUGUACGAUUUGUUCAUUUCUUGAAAUAAAUAUGUUGCCUUUUCUUUUUGUGUUA